UGUGACAUUGUGAUUUGUUCUAAACGGAAAAUCUUAAAAAGUGAUCAGAAAAUCCCAAAUAUGAAAUCGCUAGUGAGUGUCGACCUGCUGGAUGUCCACCUGGUGGCAGCGAAGAUCGCAAAUCUGCUCAGCGUGCUGUCGCCGGUCACUACGAUCAUUCUGGUGAUGAUCGUUGGAGCGUAUGUCACCUACCGGAAGCGACAAGCAAAGCUGGAGUACCACAUCAACAAGCUGCCGGGACCUUACAGUCUGCCACUGAUUGGGAACGGACUGCAGGUCAGCCUGGGCAGCAAGGAUGAUUUCCUCGACCGCGUGGUAAGCGCCCAGAAGAUGUACGGCCGCCGGAUCGGGCUCAGCCGGGCGUGGAACGGCCCCUUUCCGUACGUGCUGAUCUCCAAAGCGAGCGCCGCCGAGCCCAUCCUGAGCAACCCUCGGCAGGUGGAGAAGAGCGCCGACUACGACUUCCUGAAGCCCUGGCUCGGCAAUGGGCUGCUCACGUCUCCGGCCAGCAUUUGGCACCCGCGACGUAAAACGCUCACGCCGGCGUUCCACUUUAAGAUCCUGUCCGAUUUCAUCCCCAUCUUCCACCGGAACGCGCUGAUACUGGCCGAGAAGCUGGAGGAACAGCUUGGAAACCGGACCGGUUUCGACGUGGUCCCGUUGACCACGCUGUGCGCGCUGGACGUCUUUUGUGAAACCGCCAUGGGAAUCCCCGUCAACGCCCAGCGCAACUCCGACUCGGAAUACGUUCGAGCCCACCAGCUGAUCGGCAAGAUCAUCCGCAACCGCGUCCAAAAGUUCUGGCUCCAGCCGGACGCGAUCUUCAAGCUGACCGACGAGUACCGCAAGCACCAGGAGUGUCUCCAAGUUCUGCACUCCUUCUCCGAUCGCGUCAUCCGCGAUCGCCACGAAUCCCUUCUCAAACGCCGUCAAACCACCGAUCUCAACAACAACAACGCCGACGACGAUCAACCCUUCCGCCGGAAGCAGCUGGCCUUCCUCGAUCUGCUGAUCGAGGGAUCGCUCGAUGGCAACGGGCUAACCCUGCUGGACGUCCGCGAGGAGGUGGACACGUUCGUGAUCGGCGGCCACGACACGACGGCCGCGGCGAUGGCCUGGCUGCUGCUCCUACUCGGAACCGACCAGACGAUCCAGGAUCGCUGCUUCGCCGAGAUCGACCAGAUCAUGGGCGGCAAUCGCGAUCGGAUGCCAACCUUGCACGAACUCAACGAGAUGAAGUAUCUGGAGCUGUGCCUUAAGGAAACGCUCCGACUGUACCCGAGUAUCCCGAUGAUCGCGAGGAAGCUCGCGGAGGACGUCAAGAUCCACAACCAGUACACGAUCCCCGCGGGGACGAACGUUAUGAUCGUGGUCUACCAGCUGCACCGCGAUCCCGCGGUCUUCCCCAACCCGGACAAGUUUAAUCCGGAUAACUUUCUGCCGGAGAACUCGGCCGGACGGCAUCCGUACGCGUACAUUCCGUUCAGUGCCGGUGCGAGAAACUGUAUUGGGCAGAAGUUUGCGGUGUUGGAGGAGAAGACGGUGCUGUCGACUAUUUUGAGGAAGUUUCGGAUUGAGGCGAUCGAGCGACGGGAGGAUGUGAGCUUGCUGGGGGAUUUGGUGCUGAGGCCACGGGAUGGGUUGAGGAUAAGGGUUAGUCGGAGGCUGUAGCGAUAAGGUAAGUUUUAUCUAGAAGAUAAGUUUGAUCGAUGGGGGUCAUUUGGAGAUCAUGAGAGUAAGACUUUUACAGGGUAUCGAACAUAAUCAGAUAGCGAAUUGUGGCGUUUCUUUGUGGAAGAAAAGCAACACCAAUGAAGUAAAGCAAUUCUUAAAAGAGCAAAAGCAUGUAUUUCCAUCGAGCACCUAAUCUUGGCAUA